AUGGAUAUUUAUAAAACUGAAACGUUUGCGAAGAAAGUGAAACCACACCUUCAUAUAAGAAUUUGUUUGAAAAUUUUACGUUACACGGGAACGUGGCCACCUGAGGAGUUAGGCUCUACUCGUGUCUUAUUCUUCAUUUACAGCAUUUUUGCUUUUAUAUUUAUUUUAGGAAUUUACAAUGUCGUUCAAUUUGUGAAUAUUAUUAAAAAUUAUAAUGACGUCAAUAAACUUGCAUCGGGAGGUCCUCUAUUCAUCACUAAUGCUUUAAAUGCAUAUAAAUUUAUAACAAUUAUUCGAUAUCAUCGAAGAAUAUAUAAGCUUCUUUCAAUUAUCGACAGUCCCAUGUUUUCCAAAGAUAACGUAAGAUAUGAAAGAAUAGUUUCGUGGUACGCGUGGCAGGGAAUAUUUCAUCAUGGUGUUUAUCAAAUAUUUGGAUUUUUUGCUGUAUUUUUCUGGGCAUCAGUUCCAUUAUACAUUAUUAUAAAUGAUAAAGAAAAUAAGGAAAAAGAGUUGCCAUUAGAUGCUUGGUAUCCUUACGAUACAACUGGCGCAUUUGCCUUCAUUAUAACAUGGGCACAUCAGGGAAUUGCAAUUCUUUUAUGUUGCAUUAAUAAUUUAGCAAUUGAUUCAUUUAUUGCCGGCUUAAUAAAUGUGGCCUCGUGUCAAUUUGAAAUAUUAAAAUGGAAUUUCUCAUCGUUGGCAAAUAAUAUUGAGGAGGAAAAUAUUUCAUCAAACUUGAAUGAAAAUGAAUUGAAAAUAUAUAAAUAUAAAAAAAUUAAUGAUCAAAUUCGCAGUUAUAUACAACAUAAUUUGGCAAUAUUUGACUUUGUAACUGAAAUUGAAAACAUAUUUAGCAGAGUCGUUGGAUUACAAUUACUUUUGAGCUGCUUUGUUAUUUGUUUAUCGACUUUCUAUGUAUCUCAGGCUACAACAUUUACACCAGUGGAAUUUAUAGGAAAUUUUGCCUACGUCUUGUGCAUGACGUAUCAAAUUUUUGUUUACACCUUUCAGGGCAAUGAAUUAUAUCUUCAAAAUGAAAAUUUAUGUACAGCAAUUUACAUGGGAAACUGGUGGAAAUUAAAUACGCGCUACAAACGAGAUCUGUACAUGAUUAUGAUUAGAACACGAAGACCACUCGUUGUUUCUACUACUUUUCUUAUUAAAUUGACAAUUCCAACGUUUAUGUCAGUAAGUUUCAUUUUUCUCUUUAAUAAUAUUUUUUACUUUUUAAAGUACACUACCGUCGGGAAUUAUCGGUACGACUGCACGCGCACGGGUUAA